CGCAGGGCCCCCGGAGGCGCCAGGCGAGCCCGAGCGCGCCGGUCUCAGGGAGGAGGAGGACGAGCCCCAGCUGGCGCCCGGCCCGCAGGCGGCCCCCUCGGACCCUCAGACCCCUGGGUUGGCGAAUGCUCAGGAGGAUUCUCCAAAGCUUCCAGCUUACCACCUGGAAGAAGGUCACAUUGUUUGAUUCGAGGAGGUAUUAGGAGGUCCCCUGCCACAGUGCUCACCGACAGGCGGGCUGGCGUGGGCCACAGUUGCUUUGGGAGGGUUGUGGCACCCGGGGUGGGGGGGUGGCUAAGCCCUCAGCUUGCUCUGACAGUGAAGUUUUGAGUUGGUCUGCUGGCUGAGCCUGCGGAAGGCAGGCUCCUGCAGGAGCCCUGGCGGGGUCGGCUGCAUCGCCGGAUGAGGCUGAGGCGUGGUGGAAGAUGCGUUUGGCUCUGCAGACACUGCAUCGGGCAGCAGGGGACUCUGGGAUGCUGGUGCAGCCGGAAGGCAUGGCUCUUGACAGCCUUCUAGUAGAAUCUCGAAUUGUGCAUGUGCCCCCGACCACCAGCCAGUCUGUGCAGACUUGCUGCCUGCUCUGUCACCGGGAACGGAAAGGCUGGGAAGAAGGCCCUUCGCAAAAUGGACUGGUGUUGCAGGGUGAGAAGCUGCCCCCUGACUUCAUGCCAAAGCUCGUCAAGAAUCUCCUAGGCGAGAUGCCUCUGUGGGUCUGCCAGAGUUGCCGAAAGAGCAUGGAGGAAGAUGAAAGACAGACAGGUCGAGAACAUGCAGUGGCGAUCUCCUUGUCACACACAUCCUGCAAAUCGCAGUCUUGCGGGGGUGACUCUCAUUCCUCCUCGUCCUCCUCUUCAUCAUCCUCUUCCUCUUCCUCCUCCUCCUGCCAUGGGAACUCAGGAGACUGGGAUCCCAGCUCGUUCCUGUCAGCACACAAGCUGUCGGGCCUCUGGAACUCGCCGCACUCCGGUGGGGCUGUGCCAGGCAGCUCGCUCGGGAGUCCUGCCAUCCCCGGUGAGGCUUUCCCCGUCUCGGAGCACCACCAGCACUCAGAUCUCACUGCCCCCCCUAACAGCCCCACCGGCCACCACCCCCAGCCAGCAUCUCUGAUACCGUCUCACCCCGGUUCCUUCGGCUCACCGCCCCACUCACACCUGCUGCCCACUACCCUGGCAGCACCCUUCCCCACCCAGGCUUCAGAGUGCCCUGUGGCUGUUGCUGCCGCUGCCGCCCCCCACCCCCCAGGGCCGUGUCAGAACCCCCACCUGCCCUCCACCAGCAUGCCACUCCUGAAGAUGCCUCCGCCAUUCUCAGGGUGCAACCACCCGUGUAGCGGGCACUGUGGCGGGCCUCUCCUCCCGCCACCAGGCUCUCAGCCACUCCCUAACACUCACAGCAGGGACCCAGGGUGCAAGGGGCACAAAUUUGCACACAGUGGCCUGGCCUGCCAGCUGCCUCAGCCGUGUGAGGCAGACGAGGGACUGGGCGAGGAAGAGGAUAGCAGCUCCGAGCGAAGCUCCUGCGCUUCGUCCUCCACGCACCAGAGAGAUGGGAAAUUCUGUGAUUGUUGCUACUGUGAGUUCUUCGGCCACAACGCGCCACCCGCUGCCCCGACGAGUCGGAAUUAUACCGAGAUCCGGGAGAAGCUCCGCUCGAGGCUGACCAGGCGGAAAGAGGAGCUGCCCAUGAAGGGGGUUGCCCUGGGCGGGAUCCCUGGGGAGCCCGCCGUGGACCACCGAGAUGUGGAUGAGCUGCUGGAAUUCAUCAACAGCACGGAGCCCAAAGUCCCCAACAGCGCCAGGGCCGCCAAGCGGGCCCGGCACAAGCUGAAGAAGAAGGAAAAGGAGAAGGCCCAGUUGGCAGCAGAUGCCCUCAAGCAGGCGACUCGUGUUUCUGGAAACCGGGAGCCGAGGCCUGCCAGAGAAAGGCUUUUGGAGUGGCCCGACCGGGAACUGGAGCGGGUCAACAGCUUCCUGAGCAGCCGGCUGCAGGAGAUCAAGCACACCGUCAAGGACUCCAUCCGUGCCAGCUUCAGCGUGUGUGAGCUCGGCAAGGACAGCAACGGUUUCCCUAAGGACGAGGCUGUGGAGCCCGAGCCCCAGAGCCUGCCCUCCUUGAACCUCAAUGGCUCCUCAGAACAACAGCCUGACAUCAACCUUGACCUUUCCCCCUUGACUUUGGGCUCUGCCCAGAAUCACACGUUACAAGCUCCAGGCGAGCCAGCCCCACCAUGGGCAGAAAUGAGAGGCCCACACCCACCCUGGACUGAGGUGAGGGGUCCCCCUCCCGGCAUCAGCCCCGAGAACGGGUUGGUGAGGAGGCUCAGCACCGUGCCCAACCUCUCCCGGGUGAUCUGGGUCGAGACCCCUAAGUCAGGCCAACCUGGCCCCGAGGAACCCAGCCCAAAAGAGGUCCCCUCCAGCAAGCAGGAGCUGCCCGAGCCUGUGGCCACAGGUGGGAAGUCACGGAAGGGCAAGAGGCAGGGCAGUCAGGCCAAGAAGAGCGAGGUGACCACAGCCCCCCGAGCCCCAGCCAACCUCGAGGCGCCCAGUGCCAAAGGCCAGACCCCUGGCCCCCGGCAGCCAGCCAAGGGCCCAGAACCUCCCAAAGUGGGCAGCUGUGCCGAGGCUGGAGAGGGGAGCCGGGGGAGCAGGCCAGCACCAAGCUGGGCCAGCAACCCCAAAACUGACAAGGAGAAGGGCAGCUCCUGGCGGAACUGGCCCAGCGAGGCCAAGGCGCGGCCUCCAGAGCAGGAGUCUGUGCAGCCCCCAGGCCCAGCACGGCCGCAGAGCUUACCCCAGGGCAAGGGCCGCAGCCGCCGGAGCCGCCACAAGCAGGAAAAGUCGGCCUCCUCCUUGGACGACGUGUUCCUGCCCAAAGACACAGACGGGGUAGAGAUGGACGAGACUGACCGCGAGGUGGAGUACUUCAAGAGGUUCUGUUUGGAUUCUGCAAAGCAGACCCGUCAGAAAGUUGCUGUGAACUGGACCAACUUCAGCCUCAAGAAGAGCAGUCCCAGUGCAGCUCAGUGAGGCCUUCCAGACUGAACUGCCUCAAGGCGUCCUGACUGCCAGCUAAGGGCUGCGGCUUCGCCCUCUGCGCCACCCUCGACCUGGACCGACCCAAAGCUGAACGGAGGUGGUGCUGUGCUCAGGGGCCCUGAGGGCCUGGGCCGCCACUUCCUGGUGCUAUGCAGCCUCCACACUUCGCCCCCGGGGGGCUGGGCUGGCCUGGGGCAGGGGGCUGAUGGUACAGCUGGCCCAACACUGCUUUCUCUGUUUUUUGGUUGUUUUAUUUUUAUUUGUUUUUAAUCUUUUGUUCUUUUUCAAUUCUUUUGAUACUGUGAAGAUCUUUCAUGGUGAAAGAUAAAGCAACAUUUGGACAUGGAGUCGGUGUGUUUGGUGAUUGGCUGGGCUGGGCAGGGAGCAGGCCAGGGGAGGCAGCUGGAGCAUCAGCUCCGCGUGGUCACCAGCCCUCCUGAGCAGGUCCUGCCCAUCGUCACAGCUGGUCCCUGGCCUUGCCCACGGCUCUCGGCCCCGGAGCAGACCGUUAACCAUCUUAGGGAAUAUGGGAAAAUGAGUGAAGCAGGGCUGGCCGACCGAGGUUGAGCAUGGCCUGCGGGACUUGCAGCAGUCCCUUGCGUGCUGCUGGGAGGACCUUAAUGGGGCAGCCCCUUCCCCUGCUGUCACACACUCCCCUGCAAGGCUGCUAGAUUGGAGGCUUUGGACUUGGUCUCCGGGC